CUCAACUUGUUGAAAAGCGUGGUGUUACUUCUCAAACAUAUUUCUGUACAGUUUUCGAAAUUCUGUAUCUCUUUGCCAUGAAUUUGAAUUAUUUGAUGACCAAAAAAACCCCUAGCAAUUCCAGUAGAAUUCAGGUUCCUGUAAACAGGACACGCGUCGGCAAUGACGGUGUUGUUUCACCUGUUGGCGAUGAUAUCCAUGUUGUUACACCGGUUGUCGAUGGAAACAAACUGAAAAUUCAGGUUCCUGUAAUGGAGACACGUGGCAGCACUGAUGGGAAUAAUAAAAUGAGAAUUGAGGUACCUAUACCGAGGAACUUGCUGUUUCAGUCGGCUAGAAUGGGCGACACGUGUCAUGAUCAUGCGCUGUUAUUAGUUCAGAAUUAUGGGAAUUUUAAGAUUAGUGGGAAACCGGCUAGGUUUAUGUUUUAUAAGGAUGGAUUAUGGGAGAAUUUUGAGGAGAAUGUAAUGGAUUUGAUGGUAUCAGGUUUUGUUAGUGGUAAACCUGUGUUUGAGGUGGAAAUGGAAGGGUUUAAUAGUCUUUUUGAUUUUUAUAGGAUGUUAGAAAUUGACUUGAAAACUGGGAAAGAAAGGUCUAUUUCUUGGAUUGAUGUUAAUGGUCAGUGUUUUUUCCCUAAGAUGUUCAUUGAUGAUGAUGAUUCAAGUGAUGAGGGUUUAGAAAAUGUAGAUAAAAAGAGUAAGGAAAAAAUCGGAGCUUCGAAGGUUAAUGAAAAUUUAGAGAAUCCCAAGAUUGAAAUUGAGUUAAGAAUGUUUGAGAAUAAAGAAGAGUUGAAGUUAGGAAAGAGGAAAAGGGAAAGUAAGGAAAACGAAGCGCGUGUUGUGUUUGGUGAAAUGAGUUCACCAAGGUGGCCUAAGGUAAGGCCAAUGAGGGAAGAUGAGAGGUGUUAUCAGAUGGUAAAGGGUUUUCUGGUGUCGGGUUUGAGAGGAGUGUAUGCUGGUGUUAUGAUCACUGCGGUUCAUCAGUGUAUUAGGACGGGUCCAAUGGAAAUGGCGCGGUUUGAGGUUUUUAAAAAGCAUGUGGAGAUUGUAAGGAGAGUUAGAGGAGGGGACCCUAAUGUUGUAUAUGCUUGGUAUGGGGCGUCGGCUAAGGAUGUGGACAGCAUUAUGCGUCGUGGGUUUGGAAUGCCUAGCAUGGAACGCGGUUCUAAUACUCAUGGCGUUGGUAUAUACUUGUCGCCUGUACGCGCACCUCAAAAUAGUGCAAUGAUGUCUGCGGAAGAUGAAUAUGGUGAAAAGCAUAUCAUUUUAUGUCGAGUUAUAUUAGGAAAGUCUGAAAAGGUUGAGUUAGGAUCUCAGCAGUUGCGACCGUCGAGUGUGGAUUUUGAUACCGGGGUUGAUGACUUGACGAAUCCAAGGUGGUAUGUGGUGUGGUGUGGCAAUAUGAACACCCAUAUUCUACCUGAGUGUGUCGUCAGUUAUAAACCUCAUAUAUCAGGUCUUCAACCGCAUGUUCCUCCUCCUUUGAGUACAUUAAUAUCCAAGCUAAAUAGUUCCCUUCCGCCACCAAAAGCGCUGCAGUUGCAAUGUUUGUAUAGCUCCUAUCGGGAAAGCAAAAUUGCAAAAGAAAUUUUCACGAGACAGUUACGAUCUGUUGUUGGAGAUGAGAUGCUGCGUUCAAUUAUUCUGGAAAUCCGUGGCUGAGAUGAGGUUCUUUUAGUGUAUAAUUUUGGUUGGGAGAAAAUGGGAUGUGUUCUCAUUCAUACUUCCAUCUUAUAUAAACAAAGUGUAAUGUUACCUUUACAGCGGGAAAGCUCAGCAGUAGGAAGCAGGAUACACCUUAGAGACUUACAUUUUGUCUUUGUUGUAGUUUUCUUAAAGUUGUUGUAGUGAUAUUACUAGAACUUUCAGGACGUUUUUUGCCUUUUAGUGGAAGUAAAACCUGUUCAAACAAGUACAUGUUUUUCAUGUCUGUGUGUUCUGCAUGUGAAAUUUUAUUUGGGAAUUGUCUAACGCUAGUGUGCAACUCCCGCCUUCUUUUAGCGAGGAGGCUUGAGUAUGGCUUCAGUGAAACAUGAAGAAAUGGUUUAUCUUACA